CUGCACGUCGUAAUCUCUUCGAUUAACCUAGUCAGACCAAAUAACCCGGAUCCGGUUUGGCUUGCGAUGCUGCGUCUUGAAGCAGGACAUCAGAGCCGAUGGACUGCGCCCGGACUUCAGCUCCUAUCUCUCACAUAAUGGCACUAACAGCUAGCCUGGGUUGUCCAUAAUCACUAGCUCAGCUUUCAGCCCUCGACAUAUCGCAAACCUAGACUGCAGAACCCAAAGCCACCAUACAUCGGCGACGCCGCCACCUCGUAGCCGCGUUCUCUGUGUAACAUGUUCGCCCGGUAUUUAAAGCAGCCAUGAGGACUCCCUCUCUCCCAGCCAGCAGCUGACCUGGAGAUUCAGACCUUGACAAUAACUCCACAUACUUUACAAUUUGUCAGAUAAAGCACAAUGACACCUCAACCACUGCGACCGAUUUCCUACCGGAAUGACCCGCUGGGUACGAUCGGUUGUACGGCCCCAGUUCAUUCCGAAUACAAAUUCCUGGCAACAGGCAUCCCGAACGAGAAUGACCCAAGACCGAACUCAGUCACGAUUGACCCGGUCGCAUUACAUCUUCCUUGGAGAAGCUCCUUCCCCGCAGCGCGACAGUGUCGAUUUUGGAGCGAGGCAGAAAAUGCUGGCAAGGCACUCCUCCAACAGAUCAAGCGGAUCAACCGUGCAAACAGCACCAAGGGUGGCUCGGCCAAGAUUGACACGAAUGAAGAGGAGAUAGAGCUCUCGAACAAAGAGGUGGAGCGAAUCGUGAACGCGUCGAGCGCGGCCGUGUAUAUGAACCCCAACUGUUCUUCCGAGGAGAUCGAGAUCAUCUCGCAGCUUAACCUGAUUCUCUGGAUCCAUGAUGACAUCCUCGAGUCGUCGGAUUCACCACACGAGAGUGCAACGAUCAUCGAGAAAGUGACGGCCAGCUGGGCCGAUAUUCUUGCUCACCCACAUAAAUACGCGGCAGAGUCCUCAGAUAUGUUUACUCGCCUGGCUCAACAGAUGCUGCGCAUUAGUGGUCAAGGGCAAGGGCUUAUACGGGGAUACCUAACGUGGAUGGCGUUCAUGCGGUCGACAAUGCGAGAUCAGUUCACUUCCCUCAGAGAUUAUCUGGACUACCGGGCGGUUGACAUCGGACGAGACUAUAUCCUGGCCGCUGUGAAGUUCGGUAACGGAAUUCACCUCUCACCCGCUGAAGAGCCACCGCUAGCCCCGUUGAUCGGUUUGGCCAUGGAUCACAUAAUCAUGACCAACGAUCUGUUCUCCUACGACAAGGAGCGACGCGACUCCGAGACGUGCGCGAACGCGGUCCAAUACCUGGAGCAGGUUCUCUCCGUUGACGCGGGUUCCGCCAAAACACUUAUCACCAGCCUGCUCACGCAGACGGAAGGUCGGAUCCAUGCGGAGCUGGAGAGUUUGUGUCGUUCGGGUGCGCUGAGUGAGGCGCAGAUCCGGUACGCACGGGGUGUGGUUGAAGCAGCGGCGGGCAAUGUGGUUUUCUCCAUCACCACACGGAGAUACAGCCCUAUUGGAGCUGGCCACGCCAGUGGGACGAAAGGUUGAGAAUCGAGAGGGAUUGUUUUAUAGAAGAUUAAGACAAUACCAAUAGACCAUCAUUGAUUGUGG